AUGACAUUCUUGGCCAAUACACUUCCCAACCAUUAUCUUUCUUUCCCAGCCCUUUUACUCUGCCUCAUCAUCCUUGCAUUGCCCACUUUUUUUGAUUAUGCUGCUUUUGCUUCUUCCUUAACUGGAAAACAAGCAAGUGAAGCAACGGCUCUCUUCACGUGGAAAGCUAGUCUUUACAACCAAACUCAAACUCUCCUGUCCUCCUGGGUUGGAACCAACCAUUGCAGUUGGCUUGGAAUUCGUUGCAACAAGGCCGGUAGAGUUGCCCAUAUAGACCUUCCCAGUUAUGGUUUGAAAGGUACUCUUUCUAAUCUUAAUUUCUCAUCCUUUCCUCAUCUCCUCACCCUUCAACUUUUUAACAAUUCACUUUAUGGGACCAUCCCUCCUCAUAUUGGUAGCCUUUGGAGACUCACCUACCUUAGCUUGCCUCUCAACAAUCUCUCUGGAACAAUUCCGACCGAAAUAGGCCAACUAACAAACUUGGGCAACUUAACCGUUUUGUACCUUUUUAACAACCAACUUUCUGGAUCAAUCCCUCAAGAAAUUGGGAUGCUAAGGUCUCUCGUUGAUCUCGAUCUCGCAAUGAACAAUCUCACAGGUUCAAUUCCUGCUUCUAUAGGAAACUUGGGCAACUUAACCGUUUUGUACCUUUUUAACAACCAACUUUCUGGAUCAAUCCCUCAAGAAAUUGGGAUGCUAAGGUCUCUCGUUGAUCUCGAUCUCGCAAUGAACAAUCUCACAGGUUCAAUUCCUGCUUCUAUAGGAAACUUGGGCAACUUAACCGUUUUGUACCUUUUUAACAACCAACUUUCUGGAUCAAUCCCUCAAGAAAUUGGGAUGCUAAGGUCUCUCGUUGAUCUUGCACUCUCAAGGAACAAUCUCACAGGUUCAAUUCCUACUUCUAUAGGAAACUUGGGCAACUUAACAACUCUGUACCUUUAUGACAACCAACUUUCCGGAUCAAUCCCUCAAGAAAUUGGGAUGCUAAGGUCUCUCGUUAAUCUCGCACUCUCAAGGAACAAUCUCACAGGUUCAAUCCCUGCAUCAAUAGGGAACUUGGGCAACUUAACCACUUUGUACCUUUACGACAAUAGACUUUCUGGAUCUAUUCCCCUAGUGUUCAACAAUCUGACACAUUUGACUGAGUUUGAUAUAAGUGGAAACAUGCUCAAUAGUCAUAUCCCAGAAGGCCUAUGCUUUAAUGGAUUGCUGGUUAAUUUUAUAGCAAAUGAUAAUAAUCUCAUAGGUCCCAUUCCAAAAAGCUUGAGAAAUUGCUCUAGCUUAUAUAGAGUUAGGCUUGAAAGAAACCAACUUUCGGGAAAUAUGUCAGAAGAUUUUGGCAUAUACCCAAGCUUAGAUUACAUUGAUUUGAGUCAUAACAAUUUUUAUGGUGAACUAUCUAAAAACUGGGGAAAAUGCCACAAUUUAACUAGUCUCAAAAUGUCUAACAAUAAAAUUUCUGGUAAGAUACCAUCUGAUUUAGCAGGGGCAACUAAACUAUCCAUUCUUGAUCUCUCUUCAAAUCAUCUAGUUGGAGAGAUCCCAUUGAAAUUGGGAAGGUUGGUUUCACUAUUCAACCUUAAGCUGGAUGAUAACUAUCUAGUAGGCAAUAUUCCUCCAGAAUUAAGUAAGUUGUCCAAUUUAGAGAACCUUAACUUGGCAGCAAAUAAUCUAAGUGGCUCAAUCCCUAGAGAACUUAGAGACUACUUAAAAUUAUUGAACUUAAAUUUGAGCAAUAAUAGAUUUGGGAAAAGCAUUCCUACUGAAAUAGGCUAG